GGAGCAGGUUAGUGUUCUCUCCCCUCAUCACACAGAAGAGGCCUUGAGCUCCCUCACACCAGCCUCCGUCUACCGUCCCACAGCCCACCUUCUCCAUGCCAGUCACCGUGCCAGUGUCCAAUCAGAACGCAGCGGCGGCCCUCCAGUUCAGCAACAACCCCGGCGGCGCCCUGGUCACCACCACCUCCUUCGUCACCUCCACCCUCACAGACCCCCGCCUCCUGUCACCGCAGCAACCGGCUCUGCAGAGGAACACCGUGUCGCCGGGGUUGCCACAGCGACCUGCCAGCGCAGGGGCUCUGUUAGGAGAUCUGGGGAACUCAAACGGAGCGUGCCCGAGUCCAGUCC